UGUGCUGGGGCCGGGCCGGGCCGAGCCGAGCCGGGCGGCGGGGAGCGCCGCGUCCCGCACUCGCCGGGCCACGCCUGGCCACAGCGAGCUGGGCACCGGCACCGGGACCUACACCGGGACCCGCACCGGGACCCGCACCCGCCGCCGGGGCAGGGUGGGCAAGCAGUGAGGGGGCUACGUGAGACCCCCACAGUGGAGGGGUGGAACUGGGGCAGCUGCGGCCUGUGGGACCCGCCGCCAACAACCGCCCGGAGCCGGGAGAGCAGCUGGAUCCGGCCCCAGCCGUCACCCUUCUCUGGGCGCGAGGACGUGAGGCCCCGGUGCAUCGCCCCCAGCUCAGCCACCUCGACCAGGUCCUCCCACUGCUCCCCAUGGAGUGACCCUGUGCGAGGGUGUCUGCACCGGUGCGGCCCCCCCGGCAGCCAGCCCGGCAGGGAGGGAAGCUGGACGCCACCGCGAAUAUGAGCGACUUCUGGCACAAGCUGGGCUGCUGCGUCGUAGAGAAGCCACAGCCCAAGAAGAGGAGGAGACGGAUCGACCGCUCCAUGAUCGGGGAGCCCAUGAACUUCGUCCAUCUGACGCACAUUGGCUCUGGCGACAUGGCUGCGGGCGAAGGCCUGCCCAUGACUGGUGCCGUCCAGGAGAUGAGGUCCAAGGGUGGUCGGGAGCGACAGUGGAGCAACUCCCGGGUCUUGUAGCGUAUUCCUGGCUUUUUCAGCCCAAACUUGAACUGCCUGAUCCCCCAGCCGGAGGAGAAGCCGACCUCGAGCGCUUUAACCCCGCGGUAAUUUAUGCAGAGCGAUCCUUGCCCGGCUCCCGGUGCCUUUUGGUCGUGUGUCCCCCCGCCCCAGAAAAUCCCUCCUUCCCGGAGGCAUUGGGUUGGUGACACGGAGAGGGAGAGGGGACAGCAGCCCCCACCUCGUGCCCAACUGGGAUUUCACCUGAAAGGACACAGCCAAAGCACUCCAGGAGCUGCUGGGCGCAGCCGAGAUGUGCCAAAACCUCCUGGUUUUCCCUUUUUCCACGCGGGCAUCUCCCAUGGGCCCCUCAGUGCCAGGCCGCGGUGCCUUGGUUUCCCCGGGGGAUCGCGGCGAGGCCGGUCCUGAUGCUGAAGCUGAUGUGGUGCCCUCUCGGAAAGGUGCAGAAGAGCAAAACUGGGAUUAAACCCCGAUGCUUUGGUGCAAAACUGGGAUUAAACCCCGACGCUUCAGUGUCUCACCGGCAGCGGCUCAGCGCCAGCACCACCAGCGAGCCCUCGGUGCCUGCAGCCGGCUUUUCUACUGCCAGCAAACCGCCACCUUCCUUCUUUUUUAGGAUUUUUUUUUUUUUUUUUUUUUUAAAAGCUCAAAAAAACAAUUAGGCAGCCUCCGCCGCCUCGGAGGCAGGACCGUGGUGGGGUCACCUCUACCCGGGAUCGCCACUGGGGUGUCACCGGCACUGGCCGAGGCAGGACGGGGCCCGACCCGAGGAGGGACUCGGGCUCCCGAAUUCGGGCGCGGGUGUAUAUAGUUUAAAUAGCGCCGGGAUUAAAUAUUAAAUAGCGUGUGCUGGGCA